CAAGGCACUGUCGCACGCAUGAGGUUAUAGCAGUGAGUCAGCGGCCGCGCGCUCGCAGUCCGCGCCUCCCGACGCAAGGAACGCGCGUGUGUCCACGGGAAAACAUUUUCCUGCAGUUUCCAUUCGAUUCGAAAUCCAAACCGAUAAACACAGCCAGCAUGUCUCACUCGGUGACCAUCACGCGCACCACCACCACCACGUCGGGCACGGCGCUGUUCGUCAACAGCGGCUACCUGAAGACGUUGCCGGGGCUGCUGAAGGUGGCGGAACUGAUCCUGGGCGCGGUGGCGGUGGGCAUCAUCGGCUACUACUGGAGCCACUACAACUACCGCUACACGUACAACAGCAAGCCGGAGCUGUUCUUCUUCCUCAUCUCCGUGGCCUUCCUCAUCGGCACCUUCUGUCUGCUCACGGCGUGUCUGCUGUCCUUGUCCUCCGCCUCCAUUAUCUCUAAGACCCUCUAUGAGGUGAUAUUCCACGGUCUGGCGUUCAUCCUGUACUUCGCGGCGGCACUCACGCUUAUCAUAGAAGUCAACCACUACAAGAACUCGUAUGGCAACAACUAUGAACCUUUCCUAGCGGCAUCGAUAAUCGGUUUGGUGCUCGCCGGCCUCUACUUGAUCAGCACCUUCCUGGCAAACAGGGCGUACAGGGGGAUUUAAUUUAACAUAAAACAAAGUAUAAUUAAUAUAAGUUUACAAGUUCCACCAGUGUUCCACCGACAAAUACAUAUUAUAAUAAUAUGCCUUUAAAGUUUACGUAUAUUUUUGUAAUAAUUUAUACAGGACUUCGUCUACUUUUCUACUACACCUAACCAUGAGAUAAAUAGCUGUGUCUAGACUUAUUUUCUGAAUACAUAUUAGUGGACCAUCUUGAUAACGACUGUAACAUGAUUAUUUUUUAAAUAUUAUCUACGCCUAAAAUCUAUACGUAUGCUGCUAACUGAUAUAAAUAAUCAAGUUCGUUAAUAAUAGUAAUGGGUGGAAUUGUUUCAAUUAAUGUAGAUUUAAAGUGUUAGACAGUGAUUAAUUUAAGUAGGUACUUAACAAUUAUUUUUUGUCACUGAAAAAUCUGAAAAAUUUACACUGUACAAUAUUGCCAAUAAGUACCUCUCCAUAAAAAGUAUAACUAAGUACUUAUACAGAACUUAUUAAUUUUAAAUUUUUGUUGAAUGUUUCUUUUUAAAUAUAAAAAGUAUACCUACUUACUUAGAUUUCACGAAGAAUACCGGCAGACUUGCAUGUUUGUUUUUUGUUAUUUAUUUUUCUUUAGAUUGUAAGUUGUGAUGUUUUAUUUAUUUUGUUAAGUAUACUUUGUUUUGCCAUAAUAAAAGCUAGAACUUUUCAUAAAAAAACAACACCAUUAAAAUCAUUGAAACACUAUCGAAUUUAUACAAUUGUAUUUAACAUUAUUUUUCUAUCGAUUUUAAAAUAAAUGUUUAUGUAAAUC